AUGAAGGAAACCAAAAAGUACCCUAUUGUAUCCUUGCUGGAGUCAUUCCGGCAAACCAUACAAUCGUGGUUUUGUAGACACAGAUAUGAUGCGCAUGAAACUUUCACAAAGUUGUCGAGCAAGUACGAGAAAGAGAUUAGGAAAAUGAGCAUGGAUUUGAGGAACUUGAGGCUAUCUGUAAAUAGAACAAAUUUGUGUAACCUGAUAUCUAAAUCUGUGGCCUAUGUGAUGUGCAAUGAAAGAUCGACGUUUGUCGUCGAUAUUGAGCAACGAACGUGCACUUGCAAGAUUCUACAAGUUGAUUUGUUACCGUGUCCACACGCUUUGGCUAUAAUUGCAAACACAAGAAGAGAUCCGUAUGAUUACUGUUCUUAUUAUUACACAAAAGAUGCGUACUUGAAUGCGUACCAAGAUUCUGUAUAUCUUGUAGGAAAUCAAGAGGAAUGGACAGUGCCGGAAGAAAUACAACGAGAAACAGUGUUACCUCCUAACUAG